UAAACCAACAGACCAAAGAUGAGAUCUCUGGCUUUAUUGGCUGUUUUAAUAUAUUUUCAUUGCGUUCUGAGAAAAUGUUUUUGUACAUCAGAACAAAACAAAGUUCUGUCCAUCACUGCUACAACGCAGGACCAAGUGAGCCUACUGCAGAAUAUAUCCAGCCAUAAUGAGACGGAGCUGUGGCAGCCGGUGUCUCCCAGUCACAUCACAGUGAACACAAAUGUCCAUCUGUACGUCCAAUCCAGCAGCAUGACACGAGUCACUGAGCUGCUAAACACACAUGGAUUCACCUUCAGAGUCAUGUUGGAGAACACGCAGCAUCUGAUCCAGGAACAGACCCAGAACAACACGGGAGAUCCCAAGAGCGGCGGCACAAAUUAUGAAAGAUAUUACUCUUUAGAAGACAUUUAUCAUUGGGUCAAUAUAACAAGCCAAAGCCAUCCCAACAUGACCAAACUCAUUCUGAUUGGCUCGUCAUUCGAGAAAAAUCCACUUUAUGUCUUGAAGCUGUCAGGAAGACGAGGCCCAGUGGAUAAAGCCAUGUGGAUGGAUUGUGGGAUUCAUGCCAGAGAGUGGAUCUCACCUGUUUUUUGCCUUUGGUUCAUCAAAUAUGCUCUUACAUUUUACAAGGAAAACCGCGACAUCACCACAAUGCUGGACAAGAUGGACAUUUACAUCUUACCAGUCAUGAAUCCAGAUGGUUACAAGUACACAUGGACGACAAACCGCAUGUGGAGGAAGAACCGGUCAGUGAGGGAGGACAGUGUCUGUGUCGGAGUCGACCUGAACAGGAACUUUGAUGCCAACUGGUGCACGACGGGAGCGUCUAGCAACCCCUGUUCUAAUAUUUACUGUGGGCAGUAUCCGGAGUCCGAGCCGGAGGUGCAAGCCGUGGCCAAUUUCUUACGCUCCCACAAGGACUCUGUCAAACUUUACUUCUCCAUCCAUUCCUACUCGCAGAUGCUGCUGUUUCCGUACUCCUACACAAAGGAGCAGGUCCCAAAUUACACUGAGCUGGUGAGGCUUGUCCAGGAGGCAUCCUCGAAAAUACAUCGGUAUUACAAAAAUGUGUAUCGCUAUGGUUCUGGAGCACAAACAAUAUAUUUAGCUCCUGGGGGAUCGGAUGACUGGGCCUAUGAUCUAGGCAUUAAAUAUUCGUUUACCUUUGAGCUGCAAGACAAAGGGCGGUACGGCUUCCUCCUUCCUCCAAGCUUGAUCCCAGUUGCCUGCAAUGAAGCUCUAGCAGGGGUCAAAACCAUCGCUGUGCGUGUCCUUGAGAAACUUCAAUGA